AUGGUUGAACUGACGGGUGAGUCCAAUUUCGUUGAGGCCGUAAUGUGGUCAGGACGCCUCGAACUGAUUCCACCAAUGGCCUUGGCGACGUUCACGAGCGCUCUUCUCACGUGUGUGUCACCUCGUUCUAAGUACAAUAAAGUCCUGGUAAAGGAUUUUGCUAUGAUACACACCUGUUUACAUCUCAGAAUGAGGUCGUACCUUAUUCUUGGCCCAAGGACUGAUUACUAUCGAUUGGGCGUUGGAACACCACACUUCCUCUUGAAGACUUCAUUAUCAUUACCUUUAGGUGUACAUGUCCAGGCAGACGACCACAGCGAUCGUUCAAGACGUAGAAACGCUCACUCAAUAAUUCGUUCAAUUGGACGACUGUUUCGGGGCAACAAAGCCGCUGCUCAAGACCAACCAGUCACAGAUGGGACAUCAGAAACCAUUGAAGUUCCCGGUGGUGAACAACAAGGUGGUCCCCUCAGACCUGAGGUCGUUGUAUCACCACCACUACCUCCUCCAAGA